UGAAAAGCGGGACACACUGUAUAAUAUCAGGAACUUUGAAUAGUUUGAAUACUAGUAUUUUCAAGAAAUUUUUGAUUCUUGAGUUAGAAAUAUGGAUUAGUUUUUUAGGGUAAUAAAACACACACAGAAUAAUAAGAUAAAUAUUUCUUUUUAUUUAUUUGUAGUAAAAAAUCAUAAUUGUUUUUAGCUCCAGCAGCAUCGAUUUUUGCAUUCAUGUGUUGACUUGUUCAAAAAGUUUCCAAUAUUAGAACAAGUUUAACCAAGGAUUUCAAAUAAUCAAAGUCCAGGAACAAUUUGCGCAAUCUCUGCGCAACAUAAAGACGCAGGACAGGAUAUUUUAUUUGCCAUUUUUCAUUCCUUUAUUUUUGUUUAAACAGUGGCUGCACCAUAACUGUACAUUGCAGUGCAUUUUUUUAUAUUAGGUUCUUAAUUAGAGGUUUCAAUGUUCGCAAUUAUAUCAAUAAUCAAAUGUUUGUAGUUUAUUUUUUGGUGCAUACACCCAAAAAAUAAAACCUGAAUUAGAUCCAGUAGCAUACUCACAAUAGAAGGCUAGUCAAAAUAGGGUGCAUUAACAACAAAAUAUUUGCAUACCUACAUUAAGCAUUUUAAUCUAUUUAUUAUUACAAACCUUCCCAGAAUAUUUGAAUGUGUAUCUAUUAUUCUGAGGUUGUAAUUAGUCUGGGUUCAGGGAUUAUUACAAUGAAGAAAUAUUUUGAAAUAUGCUAAUGCCGCCUAGGUAGAAAAUCAAUAAUUUGCAUCUGAGCGAAUAUUAGCAUAUUGUAGCCAGCCAACACCCUUUCAAGGUUUCUAUGAAAUUGCAUACCUGGGAUUGUGAGGUUAAUGUGCAAAUUAUAUGAUAACUUUUUAGAAAAAAGUUAUUUAUAAAAAAUAUAGACAAUCAUAAAUGAAUUAAUAUGAUCAAUAUAUUUUCUAAAUUGCAUACAGGAUAAUGAUAUCAAAAAUAAUAAACAAAAACAGCAAUAAUACUCUUAGUUCUCAGAACACUCGAAAGUAUUAUCUAGAGUAAACGAAUAAGAUGGAAUUUGCUCAACCUGAAACAAAAGUAAUAAAAUGAGCCUUACAACAAUUACCACGCCACAAAUUCCGCAUUUGUUGGUCAAGGUUAAAAGUAGAAAUCAAUGAGAAACAAAAUUUCAGACGAAAAUUGCGCAACUAACUACGUACUGAAUAUAUUUCCCAUUAUAACCCUAAUUUACCUAUAUUGAUUGAGGGAGAAAAGGGGGCCAUGAGCAUGUCUUUUUUUCAUUGAAAAAAGAUCAGGGAUACCUACACUUUUAACUUUUGUCCCAUGUCCUGUAUGAAAUUAGCGGCCUGUUGUCUGCAUUGUAAUUCCUUAUAGGCGUCGAAACCACAUUUCCUUGAUGGUGUAUUUUCCAACUGCUCUUUAGUAAAAUACCAUUUAUCGCUACAACUACCAGGACUAGGGCUCGGGCUCGGGCCUGCCAUUUACACUUACACGACACGAAAAUGUGGUCAGUGAAAUAGAUGGCGCUACGUUUUAUUAUUAUAGUGAAAUUUCGAUUCAUUGAAUAGUAAAUUUACAAUUGAAAAGCAUCGCUUUUUCAAAUAAAUGAUCACGCCUAUUUAAUGGGACUUUUGUCAAUCACUAGCACGAGUUUUGAAAAUGUAAUAAAGUCCCUUUGAUAAUCGUGUAUGCGUCACUUCUAUAUUGGGAUUUCCACGAAGUCCAACUCCCGUCACAAAGUUAGUGAUUUUAAGUGGUUUUUCGAGAGUUAAAUACGAAAAGUUAGUGUGAACGUGUCGAGUACGGUUUGCUUUAGAGUUUGCGAUAAUUUUUAUAUGCGAAAUAAGGUAAAUUAUUAAUAAAUUUGUAAAAUACAUACACGGCAGUCGUGGAAAGAUGUUAUUCACUGCUCGAUGGCCGACCUACCACGGUAAGUACAACUGUCAACACUGUCUAUUUUCUACUAAAUAUUUUUCAAGUAUUGGCACUAGAAAGUGUCCGUUAAAUCACUUUUUAAUUUAAAACACACAAAUUCCCAUCAAAUAAGGCCGAAUAGUCACUCAAAUGCUUUAAAGAAAACAUUAAACUGCCUAAAAAUCAUUUUGGAGGUUGACACUUUUGACUGACAAGAUAACGGAAAUGGGUUAGAUUAUUCUCAAUUCUCAUUGGUCGACCUCGUUGUAAUUAAGGCGGGAAGUACGAACAUCUAAAUCUGAUUGGGUGGGAGCUUUACCUGUACGCCAUCUGGUGCCUUAUCGAUUUAAUUGUUUGAACAUAACCCGAAAAAAAAAAAAAAACACAAAACAAAUUAUAAAUAAUAAUAAUUAUGAAUUUUUCAGCAAAUAGUGGAAUAUUUUAAAUAAAAUAAUAAUGUCCCGAAAUGAACAAGUCCUAAGGGCUCAAGUGAAGAUGGAACUGAAGGAUAAAAGGCGAUGCGCCUACCAGCCCUACGAGUGUUCCCAUUUGAAUGUGGAGGGCUCCAAAUAUUGUUUGAAACACAUAUUGCAAGACAAAAAUGCCGCCUUCAGGCAAUGCAAUUUCUUCUAUCAGAGCAGCGGCAAAAGGUGCCAUCGGGCAGCCGCCAAGAAGGAGAAAAAAGAACAUGGCUAUUGCAGCGAGCAUUCCAUAAAAGCAGCUUUACAAGUUAACAAAAAACAAUCCGCCAAUCGACCACCUGUAACUGCGGAAUCUUUGCUGAGCAAUCUAACUCUCUAUCUCAAGCAGCAAAAAAAAUCUUCUAGUCAUGAAAAUGCAGAAGACCAAGGCACAAUUGUUGAGCCUCCUGACCCGACUGCUUUUGAUGUGACCACUAUCUUUAAUGACCGCUGUAAAGAAGUCCUGGACAUGUGCAGUGACUCAGAAAGUGACGUUGAAGCUGCUACUAAUGCUGGAGUGUGGCAUGAUGCUCAGGCUGAUAGUUCAGACAAUGAAAGUAUUGACUCUGAACAGGAAGAUCCUUUGAAGCACGCAAACGUGUAUACGUCAGAAGAAAUCACUUUUAAGGCAAGAGAUCAAUUGAUAAAGCUGCAUAGUCACUAUGUUGAACAGUUUGAUCAUUUGCACAAUCAGAUGAGGGAAAUAAAACGAAAUUAUAUUUAUAAUCUCAAGAGGGAAAAGGAAACUUGCUGUAAUAUCUAUAGCCAAAUUCGUGAACAUCCAAAAGAACAAAGAUUAUACAAAAAAUUGAAGCGUUUUGGUAAUUACAAUAAAUCUUCUGGUGAAGAUGCCAUCAAUACUAGGCGUUUACAUGAUUUAAGAAAGAGGAUGCGAGGUGUAAAGUCCUAUUUCUCCCGGUGUUUAUUUACAGAAGAUGGAGUGAAAUGUUGUCAAAAACCCAUUUAUCUGGCAAAACAUUGCCGGAAACAUAUAACAGAGGAUGCAAAUCAAGCGCUUUAUGUAGCUUGCGGAAAAGUCAAUUUUGACGUCAAAUGUAAUCUGGCCCUUGAAGGUCUUUUUGAAGACAGUGCUUGCAAAAUUCAUAAGGUUUUUCCCAUGAUAAGAUCUUAUAGCCAAGCAAGAACUUCUCUAGGAAAUAAACUUAUAGAGAAAGACUCUGAAUCUGAUCCGGAUGAUACAUUGGAUCUACCCCCUCAUUUCGCUAUGCCAACAUCUGACAGCAUCAAAACUGAAACAAUGGAUUAUUCCUUAUCAUCUCUAACAAAAAUGGAAACUCUGCCUUCUCUACUAUUUGAAGACAGUGCAGAAAGCUUGUCUUCUACCUUACAGUAUUCUACUUCGGAAUUUACAGAAACUUUUGCAGAACACAAUUCGUCUGAUUUGCAAGAGAGCAACAAUACUGCCAAUUCAAAUGUUAUCGAUGAUAUUGGAUUGGCUGAAUCAGAGGCAAAAAUUGUGGAGGAGACAAAGACAAGUGACGACAUAUUUCAGUUUAAAAUUCAAAAUUUCAAUGACGAACCAGAAUUAGAGCAAAAGCAAGAGGAAGAAGAAACUGUUACAAAUAAAGAAACUCAGAUUGCAGAGAAUAAACAAGAGGAAUUGAAGAUUUCUGAAGAAACUCUUACAAAUAGCGAAACUACAGAGUCUGUUUCUGAGAUUGCGGAGAAUAUUCUAGAGGCAGCAGAAAUUGAAACUACAAAUAUUGAUGUGAGUCGUGAAGAUUCUUCAAACCAUGUUGGGUUUAUGGAAGAAGAGAAUAAAAGUGAUGAAAAAAUGGAAGUUGAUGGAUAAAAUUGUUUCAUUUAGAUUAAUAAUAUAAUAAGUAAAGAUUAGAGUUGGU